GUGAACGCCCGUACUGGUCACGGGAACACAGUCGGGUUCCCGGCGCUUCCCGGAGUGUCGGGUCCAGGGUGGAGCAUGGCCAACGUCUCCAAGAAGGUGUCGUGGUCGGGCCGCGAUCACGACGAUGAGGAGGCGGCACCGCUGCUGCGGAGGACCGCGCGGCCCGACGAAGGGACGCCGCUGCUGAACGGGGCCGGGCCGACCGCGCGCCAGUCACCUCAUUCUGCAUUUUUCCAAAUUGGACAGAUGAACAACGUGGAGCUGGAUGAUGAGCUCCUGGAUCCGGAAGUAGAUCCUCCUCACACCUUCCCCAAGGAGAUCCCACACAAUGAGAAGCUCCUCUCCCUCAAGUAUGAGAGCCUGGACUAUGACAACAGCGAAAACCAGCUCUUCUUGGAGGAGGAAAGGCGGAUCAAUCACACAGCCUUCCGGACAGUGGAGAUCAAGCGCUGGGUCAUCUGUGCGCUCAUCGGGAUUCUCACAGGCCUAGUGGCCUGCUUCAUUGACAUCGUGGUGGAGAACCUGGCUGGCCUCAAGUAUAGAGUCAUCAAGGACAACAUCGACAAAUUCACAGAGAAGGGUGGCCUGUCCUUCUCUCUCCUGCUGUGGGCUACACUGAACUCUGCCUUCGUGCUCGUGGGCUCCGUGAUUGUGGCUUUCAUAGAGCCAGUGGCUGCUGGCAGCGGGAUCCCCCAGAUCAAGUGCUUCCUGAAUGGGGUGAAGAUCCCCCAUGUGGUGCGGCUCAAGACAUUGGUGAUAAAGGUGUCCGGUGUGAUUCUGUCUGUCGUAGGGGGACUGGCUGUGGGAAAGGAAGGACCAAUGAUCCACUCAGGUUCAGUGAUCGCUGCUGGGAUUUCACAGGGAAGGUCAACAUCACUCAAGCGGGAUUUCAAGAUCUUUGAGUACUUCCGUAGGGACACAGAGAAGCGAGACUUUGUCUCUGCAGGAGCUGCAGCUGGAGUGUCUGCUGCAUUUGGAGCCCCUGUAGGUGGAGUUCUGUUCAGCCUAGAAGAGGGUGCCUCCUUCUGGAAUCAGUUCCUGACAUGGAGAAUUUUCUUUGCUUCUAUGAUUUCCACCUUCACGCUCAAUUUUGUUUUGAGCAUCUACCAUGGAAACAUGUGGGACCUAUCCAGCCCAGGCCUCAUAAAUUUUGGAAGAUUCGACUCAGAGAAAAUGGCCUACACCAUCCAUGAGAUUCCUGUCUUCAUCGCCAUGGGUGUGGUGGGUGGCAUUCUUGGAGCUGUCUUCAAUGCUUUGAAUUACUGGCUAACCAUGUUUCGAAUCAGGUACAUCCACCGACCCUGCCUCCAGGUGAUCGAGGCCAUGCUGGUGGCUGCAGUCACUGCCACAGUUGCCUUUGUCCUGAUUUACUCAUCUCGGGAUUGCCAGCCCCUACAGGGAAACUCCAUGUCCUACCCACUCCAGCUCUUCUGUGCAGAUGGCGAGUACAACUCCAUGGCUGCAGCCUUCUUUAAUACCCCUGAGAAGAGUGUGGUUAGCCUUUUCCAUGAUCCACCAGGUUCCUAUAACCCCAUGACACUGGGCCUAUUCACCAUGGUCUACUUCUUCCUGGCCUGCUGGACUUAUGGGCUCACAGUGUCUGCUGGUGUCUUCAUCCCAUCCUUGCUCAUUGGAGCAGCCUGGGGCCGGCUCUUUGGCAUCUCCCUGUCGUACCUUACAGGAGCAGCGAUCUGGGCAGACCCGGGUAAAUAUGCCCUGAUGGGAGCUGCUGCCCAGCUUGGUGGAAUUGUAAGGAUGACCCUAAGCCUGACAGUUAUCAUGAUGGAGGCCACCAGCAAUGUGACUUACGGCUUCCCCAUCAUGUUGGUGCUGAUGACUGCCAAGAUUGUGGGUGAUGUCUUCAUUGAGGGCCUGUAUGACAUGCACAUCCAGCUGCAAAGUGUGCCCUUCCUUCACUGGGAGGCCCCUGUAACCUCACACUCGCUCACUGCCAGGGAGGUAAUGAGUACACCUGUGACCUGUCUGAGGAGGAGAGAGAAGGUUGGCAUCAUUGUGGAUGUUCUCAGUGACACAGCAUCCAAUCAUAAUGGGUUUCCUGUGGUGGAGGAUGCAGGCGACACCCAGGCAGCCAGGCUCCAGGGUUUGAUCCUGCGCUCCCAGCUCAUCGUGCUCUUGAAACACAAGGUAUUUGUGGAGAGGUCCAACAUGGGCCUGGUGCAUCGGCGACUGAGACUGAAGGACUUCCGUGAUGCCUAUCCCCGCUUCCCUCCGAUUCAGUCCAUCCAUGUGUCUCAAGAUGAACGGGAAUGCACCAUGGACCUUUCUGAGUUCAUGAACCCCUCCCCCUACACAGUGCCCCAGGAGGCGUCUCUCCCUCGUGUGUUCAAAUUGUUUCGGGCUCUGGGCCUGAGGCAUCUGGUGGUGGUAGACAACCAAAAUCAGGUGGUCGGGCUGGUGACCAGGAAGGAUCUGGCCAGAUACCGCCUGGGGAAGGGAGGCCUUGAAGAACUUUCCCUGGCCCAGACGUGAAGGCUAGCUCCUCCCUUGGGCAGUGGCACCCCAACCCCUCUGCACUUCCUCCUGGGGUUCCUGGUCUCAGUCAAAGCCUUACUACCUGGGCAGCACAGCAACAGGAGCAAAUGCCCUCCAUCCUGGGCCUAGCUGGUAUGGGGGCCUGACCCUGAUGUGAGCAGUUGGUUUACAUCCUGUGCUCUGGCCCCUCCAAUCCUUGGACUAACCCCCUUCCUGGGUUCCUUCUCCACGGUUUCAAAUGUGGGCAACCAUGUCCCCUGAGGCUUACUUCCCAGAGCCAGGAGAGGCUAGUUUUUGUUUGUUUGUUUGUUUGUUUUUUUGUGGGGGGGGGGUCAAGCGCUGUACUCGUCACUGUUUCUAUUCUGUCUCUGAGCACCUGUCCUCUGGCCACACUGCCCACACCACCAAGAGCCUCGGCAGCAAGAGCAUGAAGAACAGAAAUCGAGUACACUCUAUUGGGGAACCCAAGUGUGCCCCAUCCCUAGGCCUUUGCCUAGAGGUUGAGGAGACUGGUUCUAUACCUGGAUCUCAAGAGCUGAGAAUCACAUGAAGACUGGAUCCCAGAGUUCAGCUAAAUAUGCCCCAGGCUUUCAGAGCUAGGAGUCACUGCACUUUGGAGUACAGCAGGAAGGCAGUCUUCCCACAGCACCGAGGACCCUGAUGUCAGUAGUUGGCUUUGCUUCUGACUAUAGUAUGAGUGUCCCUGGGCAGUAGUCUCUGAGGACUUGGCCAGCCCAGGGUAGCACUGGGAUGGGCCUGUGAGCACCAGAGCCAAGGAGAUCGACUUUUACCCUAUGUUGUCAGAGCUGGCUCUACUCAGUCAAAGCUAGACUUAAUAUCUCCCAGUCAACCUCAGUCCUUGCCCCUAGGUCACUUUGUAAAGAUAGUUGCAGUGUCUCUGGCACACAUGUUAGAAAGCCACACAGAUCCUUCUGUGCAAAGCUGGACAGAUAACAGCCUCCUCCUAAAAGAGUGGCUUUCUCUGCCUUCCAUGGGGAGAUAGGCUGAGCAUGUUGAAUCGAUAUAAAUGAGAAAUUCCUGUUCCCUGCCUAGGGCUCACAGUUCUGGGGAGUCAUGUACUCAACAUUGUGGUGAUAUACAUGUGAAUAACUUUGUGAACAGUAUCUGCUGUCUGUGAUACAAUGGCUGCAACUCAGUACUGCAGCAACCUAUGGACCCUGCAGGAAGGGAAGCCACAGACUGGAUCAGGACUAGGGAAGUAGCACACCUCACCUGGGACCCUGGCCUCCUGAUCCCAUCCUCACAUCCUUAUUCUCAGGGGCUCAUGCAGUGUGGUUUCUGUCGUUUGCUUGGGUGACAUACCAUACCCAGGCCUGAGCAUGCCAGGCUCUGAUGAGAAAUUGUAACCUACUUUGCUUGGUCCACUGGGCCCUGGUGGCAAGAUCUGAGUGACCAGGGUGGGGGAGGGCUGUAUCUGUUAGAUCCAAGGGGAUGAAAAACACUGCAUAGGGUCUCAAAGACUUGGUACCAAAAAGCAUGUGCAAUCUGUCCACAAUUCUGUGUUGACUACAUGUUGAAAUAAUAUUUUGGAUAUAUUAAAUAAAACAAUCAAAAUUCA